AUGGGCCUGCCCAGAACAUCCAGCGUGAAGCAGGCAGCACCGUUUUCUGAGAAGCCUGGAUUUCACCUGCCCCGGAGUUGUCUCACGAGAACAGAGGCGCCACCAAGCAAGCAGCAAGCCCUUCUGGUUUCUGGUGCAUUCUCUUCCCAUCACUGUCCAAGGGUUUCCCACCUUUACCUUUCUCCUCCAGCGGUUGUAGUAGGGAAGAGGAACGAGGGGAGUGGCCAGGAAGAGUUGAAGGGAGGAGUGGAAGUAGAUGUGAUCAAAAUACACGAAGAACUAUAUGUAGCUAAAGAUGAUAAGGUCCCAUCUGAGGAUCUGGAACCAGAGGUGGAGUCAAGCACAGAGCCAGCUUCUCCCCCUCUUUCAGCUUGUGCUUCAGAAUCACCUGUGCCCAUUGCUCCAACUGCCCAACCUGAGGAACUGCUCAAUGGAGCCCCCUCGCCACCAGCUGUGGACUUAAGCCCGGUCAGUGAGCCAGAGGAACAGGCCAAGGAGGUUUCAUCCGUGGCACCAGCCACCAUUCUCUCCGCCACUCCACCUGUGGCUCCUUCAGACACCUCUGCUCAGGAGGAAGAAAUGGAGGAGGAAGAAGAAGGCGGGGAAGGUGGGGAAGCCGGGAGUGAGAAGGGAGCAGAGGACCCUCCCCUCGACAGUGCUCCUGUUCCAGCCCAGUUGUCUCAGAAUUCAGAGGUGGCAGCAGCCACCCAAGUGGCAGUAUCUGUGCCAAAGAGGAGGCGGAAAAUUAAAGAGCUAAAUAAGAAGGAGGCUGUGGGUGACCUUCUAGAUGCCUUCAAGGAGGUGGACCCAGCAGUACCAGAGGUAGAGAACCAGCCUCCCACAAGCAUCAACCCAAGCCCAGAGUCUGAGGGCAGCACUGUGCCCCCACAGCCUGAGGAAGCAGAUGAAACUUGGGACUCUAAGGAAGACAAAAUUCACAAUGCUGAGAAUAUCCAGCCUGGGGAACAGAAAUAUGAGUACAAGUCAGAUCAGUGGAAGCCUCUGAACCUUGAAGAAAAGAAGCGAUAUGACAGGGAAUUCCUUCUGGGCUUUCAGUUUAUCUUUGCCAGUAUGCAGAAACCAGAAGGAUUGCCCCAUAUCACUGAUGUGGUCCUGGACAAGGCCAAUAAAACACCACUUCGGGCGCUGGAUCCCUCCAGACUACCUGGCAUAAACUGCGGCCCAGAUUUCACCCCGUCCUUUGCGAACCUUGGCAGACCAGCCCUAAACAACCGUGGGCCCCCAAGGGGUGGGCCAGGUGGGGAGCUGACCCGAGGGCCGGCUGGCCUGGGACCCAGGCGAUCUCAACAGGGCCCACGAAAAGAAACACGAAAGAUCAUUUCUUCGGUGAUAAUGACUGAAGACAUAAAACUGAACAAAGCCGAGAAGGCCUGGAAACCCAGUAGCAAACGGACAGCCGCUGAUAAGGAUCGAGGGGAAGAGGAUGCUGAUGGAAGCAAAACCCAGGACCUGUUCCGCAGGGUGCGCUCCAUCCUGAAUAAGCUGACACCCCAGAUGUUCCAGCAGCUGAUGAAGCAAGUGACACAGCUGGCCAUUGACACUGAGGAACGCCUCAAAGGAGUUAUUGACCUCAUCUUUGAGAAAGCCAUUUCAGAGCCCAACUUCUCUGUGGCUUACGCCAACAUGUGCCGCUGCCUCAUGGCGCUGAAAGUGCCCACUACAGAAAAGCCAACAGUGACUGUGAAUUUUCGAAAACUGUUGUUAAAUCGAUGCCAGAAGGAAUUUGAGAAAGACAAAGAUGAUGAUGAAGUUUUUGAAAAAAAGCAAAAAGAGAUGGAUGAAGCUGCUACGGCAGAAGAACGGGGACGCCUGAAAGAAGAGCUAGAAGAGGCCCGGGACAUAGCUCGGCGGCGCUCUUUAGGGAAUAUUAAGUUCAUCGGAGAGUUAUUCAAGCUGAAGAUGUUAACAGAAGCAAUAAUGCAUGACUGUGUGGUCAAACUACUUAAGAACCAUGAUGAAGAGUCCCUGGAAUGCCUCUGCCGCCUCCUCACCACUAUUGGCAAAGACCUGGACUUUGCCAAAGCCAAGCCUCGAAUGGAUCAGUAUUUCAACCAAAUGGAAAAAAUCAUUAAAGAAAAGAAGACCUCAUCUCGAAUCCGUUUUAUGCUGCAGGAUGUACUGGAUCUGCGGCAGAGCAAUUGGGUGCCACGCCGAGGGGAUCAGGGUCCCAAGACUAUUGAUCAGAUCCACAAGGAGGCUGAGAUGGAAGAGCACCGAGAACAUAUCAAAGUGCAGCAGCUCAUGGCCAAGGGCAGCGACAAGCGUCGGGGUGGCCCUCCAGGCCCGCCCAUCAGUCGUGGCCUUCCACUUGUGGAUGAUGGUGGCUGGAAUACAGUCCCCAUUAGCAAAGGCAGCCGCCCCAUUGACACCUCACGGCUCACCAAGAUCACAAAGCCUGGGUCCAUCGAUUCUAACAACCAGCUCUUUGCACCGGGAGGGCGACUGAGUUGGGGCAAGGGCAGCAGCGGGGGCUCAGGAGCCAAGCCCUCAGAGACAGCUUCAGAUGCCACUCGUCCAGCUACUAGUACCUUGAAUCGCUUUUCUGCUCUUCAACAAGCAUUACCUGCAGAGAGCACAGAUAACAGGCGUGUGGUACAGAGGAGUAGCUUAAGCCGGGAACGAGGUGAGAAGUCUGGGGACCGGGGAGACCGACUAGAGCGGAGUGAGCGGGGAGGUGACCAUGGGGACCGACUUGAUCGUGCCAGAACACCAGCCACCAAGCGAAGUUUUAGCAAGGAAGUGGAGGAGCGGAGUAGAGAGCGGCCUUCCCAGCCCGAAGGACUGCGCAAGGCAGCUAGCCUCACAGAAGAUCGCGGUCGGGAUCCUGUGAAGCGGGAAGCCACCCUACCUCCGGUGAGCCCUCCAAAGGCUGCACUCUCUGAGGAUGAGGUGGAGAAGAAAUCUAAGGCCAUCAUUGAGGAAUAUCUCCAUCUCAAUGACAUGAAGGAGGCAGUUCAGUGUGUCCAGGAGCUGGCCUCACCCUCCUUGCUCUUCAUCUUCGUGCGGCAUGGCAUCGAGUCCACGCUGGAGCGGAGCACCAUUGCUCGUGAGCAUAUGGGCCGGCUGCUGCACCAGCUGCUCUGCGCAGGGCACCUCUCGACGGCCCAGUACUAUCAAGGGCUAUAUGAAACACUAGAAUUGGCUGAGGACAUGGAAAUUGACAUCCCUCAUGUAUGGCUCUACCUGGCAGAACUGAUAACACCCAUUCUCCAGGAAGAUGGGGUGCCUAUGGGAGAGCUCUUUAGGGAAAUUACGAAGCCUCUGAGACCCAUGGGCAAAGCUACUUCUUUAUUGCUGGAGAUCCUGGGUCUCUUAUGCAAGAGCAUGGGUCCCAAAAAGGUGGGGAUGCUGUGGCGAGAGGCUGGGCUGAGCUGGAGGGAAUUUCUAGCAGAAGGCCAAGACGUUGGCUCAUUUGUGGCUGAACAGAAGGUGGAAUAUACCUUGGGAGAAGAGUCUGAAGCUCCUGGCCAGAGGGCACUUGCCUUUGAUGAGCUGCGAAGGCACUUGGAGAAGCUGCUCACGGAGGGCAGCAGCAACCAGCGGGUGUUGGACUGGAUAGAGGCCAACCUGAGUGAGCAGCAGAUAGCAUCCAAUACAUUAGUUCGAGCCCUCAUGACAACUGUCUGUCAUUCUGCAAUUGUCUUUGAGAAUCCUCUCCGAGUGGAUGUUGCAGUGUUGAAAGUGCGAGCGAGACUGCUGCAGAAAUACUUGAGUGACGAGCAGAAGGAGCUACAAGCACUCUACGCCCUCCAGGCCCUUGUAGUGACCUUAGACCAGCCUGCCAACCUGCUGCGGAUGUUCUUUGAUGCUCUGUACGAUGAGGACGUGGUGAAGGAGGACGCUUUCUACAGCUGGGAGGCCAGCAAGGACCCCGCCGAGCAGCAGGGCAAGGGCGUGGCCCUCAAGUCUGUCACCGCCUUCUUCAACUGGCUCCGCGAGGCUGAGGAGGAGGAGGAGUCUGAUCACAACUGAUGGCGGGUGGGGCCGGCCGGCCGGGGACUUGGAGCCAUGGACACGUGGAUGGCCCAGCCAGCCAGCCGCCUGGACUGCAGGGGGGCGGCGGCAGCGGCGGCGGCGGCGGCAGUGGCAGUGGGUGCCUGUAGUGCGAUGUGUCUGAGCUAAUAAAGUGGCUGAUGAGGCAGGAUGGCUUGGGGCUGCCUGGGGCCCCCCUCCAGGAUGCUGCCAAGUGUCCCUCUCCUCCCCCCGGGGCACAGAGAUAUAUAUAAAGUCUUGAAAUUUGGUGUGUCUUUGCAGGGGGGAGGGGCACUACCACCUGCCUCUAGGGUCCUUUUUUAUUUUCUGAAAUCACUCUUGGGACUGCCGUCCUCGCUGCUGGGGGCAUAUGCCCCAGCCCCUGCACCACCCCUGCUGAUGCCUGGGCAGGGGGAAGGGGGGGCACGGUGCCUGUAAUUAUUAAACAUGAAUUCAAUUAAAAAAAAAAAAA